UUUCCUGAUGAAUCGGAGCAUCAGGAGCAUGGGGAGUGGGUUCUACAUCAGUAAGACGGUCGGGAUCGUGGGGAUCCUGGUGGGCGUGGCCGCUCUGUCCACCAUCAUCGCUCUCUCUGUGGUCUACUCUCAGGAAAAGUCCAGAAACACCCAGGUGUCACCCACCAAUGGAGGCACCACCGCCACCUCCACAACUCCCACCCCCACUCCUUCCAACAAGCCCUGGGACCAGUACCGACUGCCCAAGAGCCUGGUUCCAGACCACUACACGGUGACCCUGUGGCCCCGGCUGGAACCGGACUCAAACACGGGUCUCUACAUCUUCACAGGUCACUCUGUUGUGAAGUUCAAGUGUGUGGAGGACACCGAUCUGAUUUUGAUCCAUUCCAACAAGCUGAACUUCACUCGUCAGGAGAACCAGCAGCUGGCAAAGCUCACCUCUACCAGCGGAGCGGCACCAGUUCCCUCCAUCAGGACGUCCUGGCUUCAGACGGUCACUCAGUACCUGGUUCUGGAGCUGGAUGCUAAACUGGUGAAGGAUCAGAGCUACCAGCUCUACACUGAGUUUACUGGAGAGCUGGCUGAUGACCUGGGGGGUUUCUACCGAAGCGAGUACACAGAGAACAACGUCACCAGGGUUGUUGCCACCACCCAGAUGCAGCCGACAGAUGCUAGGAAGGCCUUCCCCUGCUUUGAUGAGCCGGCAAUGAAAGCUCGUUUCAACAUCACUCUGAUCCACGACCAUGGGACCGUGGCUCUCUCCAAUGGCAUGGAAAUAGAGACAACCAACAUCACCAUCGGGGACCAGCAUGUGCUGCAGACCGUGUUUGAGCAGACUGAGAAGAUGUCCACGUACCUGCUGGCGUUCAUCGUCAGUGACUUCUCCUUCAUCAACAGCACCAUCGAUGGAGUUCUGGUGCGGAUCUUCGCCCGUAGGGCUGCUAUUGAUGCUAACCAGGGAGAUUACGCCCUGAACAAAACCGGACCCAUCCUGAAGUUCUUCGAGGAGUACUACAACUCCACUUACCCGCUGCCCAAGUCAGAUCAGAUCGCACUUCCUGAUUUUAACGCUGGCGCCAUGGAGAACUGGGGUCUGAUCACCUACAGAGAGACUGCUUUGCUGUACGGCAAGGAUUUCUCCUCCAACUCCAACCAGGAGAGGAUCACUACCAUCAUUGGCCAUGAGCUGGCUCACAUGUGGUUCGGUAACCUGGUGACGCUGCGCUGGUGGAACGACCUGUGGCUGAACGAAGGCUUUGCGUCCUACGUGGAAUACCUCGGAGCAGACAAGGCCGAGCCCGACUGGAAUGUGAAAGACCUCAUCGUGCUCAACGACAUCCACAGAGUCUUUGCUGUGGACGCUUUGACUUCGUCUCAUCCGCUGUCCUCCAACGAAGAAGACAUCCAGAAACCAGCUCAGAUCAGUGAGCUGUUUGACGCCAUCUCCUACAGCAAGGGAGCAUCAGUCCUCCGGAUGCUGUCAGACUUCCUGUCUGAAGACGUCUUCAAACAAGGACUCCAGACGUACCUGAGAGAAUUUGCCUUUGAGACAGCCGUCUACACAGACCUGUGGAAGCACCUGCAGCAGGCAGUAACUGACACUCAUACCAGUCUGCCCAGAAAAGUUGAUGAGAUCAUGAACACCUGGGUGCUGCAGAUGGGCUUCCCUGUGGUCACCAUCAACACCACAGCUGGCACCGUUUCCCAGCAGCACUUCCUGCUAGAUUCCAACGCUGUCGUCACCACUCAGUCCAAGUUCAACUAUCAGUGGAUCGUCCCCAUCAGAUGGAUGAAGACGAAGGCCCCUCAGAACAUCUUUUGGCUUCAGGAAAAAUCAGUGUCGGUUGAAGAUAUGAAGGUGGGUGGAGCCGACUGGGUUCUAGCCAACCUCCAUGUGGUUGGGUAUUACCGGGUCAACUACGACCAGAACAACUGGGAACGACUGCUGGGCGUUCUGAGCACCGACCACAAGGCCAUCCCGAUGAUCAACAGAGCCCAGCUGGUGGACGACGCCUUCAACCUGGCCAGAGCAAAGAUCAUCUCCACCGUUCUGGCGCUCCGAACCACCAAGUACCUGAAAAAUGAGAGGGAGUACAUGCCGUGGAAGUCGGCGCUGAACAACCUGGAAUUCUUCUACCUGAUGUUUGAUCGUAGCGAGGUGUUCGGCGUCAUGCAGGCUUAUCUGGAGAACCAAGUCACGGAUCUGUUCACCUACUAUAAAAACAUCACAGAUAACUGGAGCAAGGUGCCCGAUGGACACAUGGACCAGUAUAACCAGGUGAACGCCAUCAGCCUGGCAUGCAGGACGGGUCUGGACGAUUGUUUGUCUCUGGCCACUCACUGGUUCAAACAGUGGAUGGACACAGGAACCAACGUGAUCCACCCCAACCUGCGCUCCACCGUGUACUGUAACGCCAUCGCAGCAGGGGGUGCUGAGGAGUGGGACUUCGCCUGGAGAAAGUUUCAAAGUGCCUCCAUUGCUAGUGAAGCUGACAAACUACGAGCUGCUCUGGCCUGCGCCAAACAGCCCUGGCUGCUGAACAGGUACCUGGAGUAUACGCUAAAACCCAAGCUAAUCCGCAAACAGGACGCCACCUCCACCAUCGUCUACAUAGCCAGGAAUGUGAUUGGCCAGUCUCUGGCGUGGGACUUCAUCCGGGCCAACUGGCCCUACAUCUUCAGAGAGUAUGGGGGCGGGUCCUUCUCCUUCUCCAACCUCAUCAAUGGAGUCACAGAACGCUUCUCCACCGAGUUUGAGCUUCAGCAGCUGAAGCAGUUCCAGCUGGAUAACGCUGAUGUUGGUUUUGGUUCUGGGACUCUGGCGCUGCAGCAGUCCAUUGAGAGGACCCAAGCUAACAUCAGGUGGCGUUUAGAGAACCAGGAAAUGGUUCUGAACUGGUUUACUGCCGAAGGUAAAUCCUAACGAGGAACCUGCUGAAGGCGUCGUUACAACAACAACCUUCUUGUGAAGCUUUUCUAUUUUUAUGGAGGAAAUCAAACAUUUUCUGUGAUUAAUAAUCAGACGUGAAGGUGCUGCUGUCCUCCAGAGGUCAGCUGUUGUUUAUUAAAACUCCUUAAACAGAUAUUUACCAUUGCUGUUUAGCCUUUUUAAUGUCAUUUUAUAUUUAUGAUUAAAAGGAGAGUCUGCUUUAAUUCCCAAGGUAAGCAGGAUUUCUUUUUGUAAAUGAUGAAUAAUUAUAGUAAAAGUGAACAAGUUGGUCUUGUAUCCUGUCAGUUUAAUGUCUGGAGAGCUUUUAUUUAUUUAGAAAGGUUUGUUUAUGACAGCUGUUUGUAUAGAUCAUCAACCUGAACCUGGAUUUUUCAUCCUGUAACCUUUGACCUUGGAUUGAACAGAAAGAUGCCAUCCCGCUGCUUCAGAAUCUGGGAAAUAAAAACGAUUCCUGUUGA